AUGAGGCAGGAAAUCCUCAUUGAAAAAUGGAAGGGCCGGCUCAGACAAAACAACAGCGUUUUCCAAAGUGAAGCCUUGGCCAUAUUGCAAGCAAUCCACUAUGUACAUUCCAUAAGAUGCAGGCAGGCCACAGUAAAAACUGACAGCUUGUCAACAUUACAUGCGAUUUGGAACCCCGACCAUCCCUCUGAAAUUAUUCAAGAGAUACAGAAGGCCCUUAGAAAUAAUCCAAAUUUUAAGAUUACAUUAGAAUGGAUAAAAGCACACGUGGGCCAUGAAGGGAAUGAAAUGGCAGAUCAGCUUGCCAAGGAGGCCACCACAGAAACAGCAAUAGCAGAGACAGUUAUACCAUGGCCGCGUUCUUACUUCAAGCGUACGCUGAGAUUGAAAGCCAUGGGGAAGUGGCAAUGUGAAUGGGACGAGAGCAACACAGUGAGGAGGACCCAUUACUUCUUUGGUUAUGUGGACACAGACAGAAAUAUAGCAAACACGCAGCUCGCAAGGUUUAUCUCAGGGCACGGUCCCUUUCCUGACUAUUUCUACAAACGUGGUUUCUGCAAUACAAGUCAGUGCGCAUGUGGAGGACCGGGCUCGCCAGAGCAUUACUUGGAGACAUGCCCGCUGACUGAGGGUCUCCACAUUAGACUACCAGCCAAUAACAGACAGCCAUUCUCUUUUCGGACUCUGCGAAUGAUGAGCUCCCCGCCAUGCCUUGCAGCUCGACCUAGACCACGCCCACCACCUGCUGUGAGGAGUCCCGGGUCCAGAUCUCCGCCAUCCUGA